GGGUUUGAAACUCUUCGGGACUUCUUGUAGCUUGAUUUCACCUUGGGCUGUACUGUUACCGUGGUCCCGAGGGGGGCUGGGGGGGCGCCCCGUGUCUAUGCGGAUGCGGGGUGCUGCUGGGUCGCCUGCCCCAGGGACGGGCUGCCUGGCUCGGCUCGGCUUGGCACGGCUCGGCUCAGGAGCUGCUGGGGACCGCCUCGGGGAGGCAGACGGGGCUUAGGCAGUAGGGCCGGGGGCUUGGGGUCCGUGCCGCCUGUCCCCGCGGCUCUGCGUUUUGAGGUUCCCCCGCUGCCAGGGCCCGAGCCAGCGGGAGUUUGAUAAAAUAAGCGCAAGUUGCACAAUUUCGCCCUUGGCCGGUCGGUUGUGCAAGGCGGGGUUGGUGGGUUGUAGCGCUUUCUCGUAGGUGCUGCCCUGGUGUGCUGUAAGAAGUGUGUGGCAUUAAAUUUGGGGGGUCUCCCCCCUCUGCCGCUCCUUCCUGCUCAGUUUGUAAGGCUGGAGGUGUGGGCACAGCAGCAUCGAGGGGGUGAGAAAGUAAAGGUGAGGGAUGCUGAGAGCCGUGCCCAGCAUUUCAGCCGGCAGUCUCUUCCUUCCCAACUCUAUUUGCUUUGAACAGAGAGGAAAAAACCCUGUAUCCUUUCCUAAUGUAACUUAGUCUUUUCCUAACGCUGUUACUGUAACUAGCUGUUAUACUUUGAAGGCUUGCGCAGUUUUUUUCCCCCAGUUUGGGCUGAUAGGUAAAGCCUUGUGCCUGUGGCACGUGUGCCGCUCGCUAGAUGUGGCUGUGGUUCGUGGUGACCUGUCACUGGGGUGGACCUCAUUCAGAGGGAACGAAAGGCAUUCCUACUUUCCUACAGAAAGAAGCCUGUGACUAACUAAAAUCCUCUUUUCAGGAGGAGUUAGAGGAGUUGUAGUUCUUGCUUCAGUGCUGAGGGAGAGACCCAGCUCACACUCGGCAGAGGCUUUCUCUUUCCUUCCUCCUCUCCAGCUGCAGGAAGGGUCAGGGUGUGUGCUCCCCUCUCCGUACGCCAGUGCCCGCUGAGGCGUUUCGGGGUGUGCUGAGACGGCACAUGGGGCCAGAGCUGCCCAGGUAGCUCAGCUUCUGCUUCCUCAGAGCUAUCUCCUUGUCCCACCUUAGGCCAGCAGCCGUGCUUGGCUUAUUUGAACGGCUGUCAGCGUGAGCAUGGCUACAAACUCUGCUGUCGGAUUUAGAAAUUAUGAUUUAGAGUAGCAGGUCUCUGUGGUUCUGUGAGGUGAACCCAGAAACAUGUGCUACCGACACCUCUUGGGGAGUGACUUUAAAUGUCCUUCCAUGCACCUACGUGGCUGCGGUGGCACCUCGGGCAGCCCACAAGGCCGGGCUGCAUUUUCAAAAUCUCUUGCCUCAAAAAUAAAAUCUCCCACCUGUGUAUGAAGAGGUCACACUCAGCUUGGUGGGUUUGCAGCCCGCUUUCUCCAGUUUGACUGGGGUGCCACCUUAAAUGUCAAUAUACAAGUCUGGAAUCUGGCUGCGCCACGGUGUAGGCUUACACCCGCGCACGCUGGUGUGUACUUUGCCUCGCUUCAACCAUAUAAAAAUAGACGGGAUCCACUACCUAAGAUGUCAUUGUAAUGUUACUUAUCUGAGGUGAAACUGAAGCCCUUAUCUCUGACUCUGAGCGGCAAUUAAGUGCAGAGGUUGCCUUUUAAAGGCAUCGAUUCUUUGGCUUGGAUCCUUGAACACUGAACAUCAUGAGCAACUACACCGUGUCUCUUGUCGGCCCGGCUCCUUGGGGUUUCAGGCUCCAAGGUGGCAAGGAUUUCAACAUGCCCCUGUCCAUCUCUCGGCUUAGUGACGGUGGAAAGGCAGCCCGAGCACACGUGGGGAUUGGCGACGUGGUUCUCACCAUUGAUGGGAUAAGUACUGACGGGAUGACUCAUCUAGAAGCACAAAACAAGAUCAAGGCAUGUACAGGCAACUUGAACAUGACUCUGCAAAGAGUUGCUUCUGUACCAAAACCUGAUCUUAUUCAUGUACCAAAGCCCGCCACGCACAAUGCCGCCCUGAGUGGCCAUGUCGGCGACGGUGCCCAGGAGGUGGCGGAGGGGCCGCGACGAGGAUUCAGAGAGAACCAGGGUGACAGUAAACAGCAAAAUGGCCCCCCGCGGAAGCACAUUGUGGAUACCUAUACGGAGUUUUACCACACCCCUACUCACAGCGAUGCCAGCAAGAAGAGACUGAUCGAAGACACUGAAGACUGGCAUCCCCGGACAGGCACCACCCAGUCACGCUCCUUCCGCAUCCUUGCCCAAAUCACCGGCACUGAUCACAUGAAAGAACCAGAACACGAAGCUGCAAAGAAGACUAAUGACUCCAUGGAGGCUUCCCAACCUGCUGCUUACACGGCCACUUCGGUGAGGAGCAUGCCUGCUAGCUAUGAAAGCCCAGACACUAGACCUUCUCCCAACACCACCACAUCUGCUGCAACCCUCAAGCCAACGGGGCCCCCAAGCACUGCCAAGUACUCGGGCUGGCAGCCUGCAAACCAAACAGCUCCUGCCAGUGGAUGGACAUCAAACAGUAUUAAACCGUCUGGAAAAACUGCCCCAAGUCAAAAGUUUGCGACACCACCUCAGCUAACGGAGCAAGACACAUUGGUUCAGAGGGCAGAGCAUAUUCCAGCGGGAAAGCGUACUCCAAUGUGUGCACAGUGUAAUCAAGUCAUUAGAGGACCCUUCUUGGUGGCCUUGGGGAAGUCGUGGCACCCAGAGGAGUUUAAUUGUGCUCACUGCAAAGCCUCCAUGGCUUACAUUGGAUUUGUGGAAGAGAAAGGGGCUCUGUAUUGCGAGGUCUGCUAUGAGAAGUUCUUCGCCCCGGAGUGUUCAAAGUGCCAGAGAAAGAUCCUUGGAGAAGUAAUAAAUGCUUUGAAACAAACUUGGCACGUUUCCUGCUUUGUGUGUGUGGCCUGUCAUAACCCCAUCCGCAAUAAUGUCUUCCACUUAGAAGAUGGUGAUCCCUACUGUGAGACGGAUUACUAUGCCCUCUUUGGUACUAUGUGCCAUGGGUGCGAAUUCCCCAUUGAAGCUGGAGACAGGUUUCUUGAAGCCCUGGGCCACACUUGGCAUGACACUUGUUUUGUAUGCUCGGUAUGCAGUGACAGUUUGGAGGGUCAGACUUUCUUCUCCAAGAAGGACAAGCCACUGUGCAAGAAACACGCUCACUCUAUCAACAUCUGAUGCUUGGAGCUCAUCUUGUUUAGCAAAUGUACUGAGCAGAACGAAAGGUUAAAAUGUCCAUGUUUGAUUGUUGGUUAAAGUUAUUUAUAUAUGCUUUUCUAAAAAUGGAAAAGAAAUGUGGAAAUUUUAGGGAUUUUGUACACUAUUUUUUAGAGUGUUUAUCAGUUAGGGGUUUGCUUCAUAAAAAGCUGGGAAUCAGGAAUUACACCCAAGCGAAACUAUUAGAGUGCCUUUACUUCGCUACUUGGCAUGUUACUGUAUUGGUUUCAUGAUUUUAUGACCACAUUUAUAUAUGCUUCAAUAUGCGAAGUGAAGCUUCUCUAAAAAUGAGUACCUGAUUUUAAAUUGUUGGUUUUGCUGCUAUUCAACAAAUAAAAAGAGAUUGGCUUCAGCGGUCCAGACCACUUUAUUGUGCUGAUGUUUUUUAAAGUGUGUCUGGAAGUACUGAAGCUAAACUCCAUUAAAGAGGAACUCAAAGCAAUGAUAAGAUUAGGUGGAAUGUACUUCAACAACUAAUAUUUUUCAUCUGAUGCUCGGUUUCAUUAAGCCUCCUGCACCAUUACACAUACCUGUGCCUUUGGCAGUUAGAUCUCUGAUGGGUCUGCAGAGGACAGAGAUUUUUACAAAGCCAUCAAGUGUAGGUGGCUGCGCUAGUGAACAAGGAUGAUUUAGAAGAUGCCCCUUGGAAGAAAACACAGAUGGGAUGCUGUUCCUUAAACCACGGCAUGUGCUACCAGAAUACUAGCCAAAAUAAAGCAAUAGUGAGAGUGUGCUUGACAAGACAAAAAUGUCAGAUCAACUCUGAAGUAUAAGGGAGUGGGUACUAUACUCUUAUGUUCACAGUUCAAGUUUUAGAUAGUUUUCAGUGCCUUGGAAAGGGGAAAGUGAAUUGAAUCUGCAUGUAACAGUGUUUUAUAUCCAGAAUGUGAGACUGCGGUGUUUAAUAAGGAAAACGUCUGAAGUGCAACUGAGGACAUUGUUUUUCUCUCAGUACAUUCUUUAUGAUGUAGCUCAUGAGUAUGUAUAUUGGUGGUUUGCCAGGUAGCAUACUGAAAACUUAUUUUCUUGCUCAGCUCUUAUGAUUUUUAUUAGUUUAGUUUUUUUCUCUCUUUUCCACCAGAUGUAAGGAAUAUAUUGUUAAAUAAUAUAAUAUUGAGUUAGGCAGUCCAGUAUCUCUCAGUUCUUGCAAGGGAACAGAGACAAUACUGUCAUUAUGCAUUUACUGCAAGCCAGGAGAUGUUGCCAAUCCUGUGGCUUGAUAUGAAUUUUGUCACAGUGUCAGCACAAGACCCAUGCAGCAGCUAAGUCCCACUUACCUUCAAAUUAGGGUUUAAGUGGUAUGGAGCAAUAGUAGGCAUAUAGGGAAAGGGUGAUAACCCUCUGCACAGGGUGAAUUUUACUCCAGCAGAGCUGCACAACAGAGAAGGAGGCCCUCUCGGGGCCAGAUUAGAUUCCUGAUGCAAACUGAAUUUACAUGCUAUUAAGUUCCAAGUGAGAUGUCAGAGCUGAAUUGCUAUGCUUUAGUGCUCUUUCCAAUAGACUUUAGAAGUGCACUGGGUGGUUGUUUGUUUUGUUUUGUUUGUUUGUUUAAUUAUUGAUAAAAAGGAAAGGUUUAUCCAUAAAAUCACGAAGACAAUUACAAAAAAAAAAUUACUAUGGUAGAGUAAAACAAUUGUAACAAGAAACAUCAACACAAGAGAGGGAGGAAAAAAACACACCAAAAUCGCUGUACUGAAAUACAAAAAGAUCUCUCUUAUUAAUUCAGUAAGACAAAUUCAUGUGAUGGGCUGUUUCACUUUAUUUCCUAAAGUUGUUUUUCUUCAAUACUACUACAUUUCUUUCUAAACUUCUGGUGGUAUGGAAGAAAUGUCAUUAAGCUGUUUAAAAUGUUUACACUCUUUAUAUAUACACCCUUCUGUGACUGUGGCUGAAAAUCAGGAGAAUAAAGGCAGAUUAGACAAGAUACAGCAGUAUGAGCCAGCUUGCUUUUGAAAUUAGUGGAAUGUGGAGAAAGGAGUCCUAAAGACUAGGUGUCAGUAGAGCUGUAUUGCACAUGCAUGAGGAAAGAGGACGGGAAUGCACACGAUAAGGUAAUUUCUGUAGUUCAGACCUUGCUAUUUUGAAGUAGGAUAGAAGCUCUUCAGUGGACACAAUGUUUGCCAGUGUCCAUAAAAAUUUUUUUGUUUGUUUUGUAAUUUUUAUUGGAUUUAGGUUUCUUAAUACAUAUGCUCUAGGUUUGAAAUUUCACAGUUGUUAAUGAAUAUGAGCACAAACACCUGAAAGGCUCCAGUAGUACUGCUUCACUUAGCUGCUUUGCCUUUUAGUUUCUGCUUUGUCUAUUUGUUUAAAAUUUGAAAAGGAAGCAUAGAGUCACUGACACAUACUGAAAAUUUAAUGGAUCUCUCAAAUUAUAUAAAUCAACUAAAAUAAAAAGGAACAUAAUGUUUAUCAUUAUUUUAAUAAGUGAGAUUUUAGUAGAGCACUUUAUAAUAAUGCCAUAUAUCUCACUGAAUAUUUAUUACUUUUUUGUUGUUUAGGACUAUUUCAUACCAGUAUCUUUGCAUUUUGUUUUAUUUGUAAGCCUGUCUAUUUACCUCUAGAAUUUUUUGGUGUGUCAGUGUGUGUAUUUAUGUAUACUUAUCUAUGUAUGCACACGUAUGUGUGUACAGUGAGACGUACAUAUAUAUAUGCACAUAUACAUGUGUAUAUUUGAUUGCAGACUUGACAUAGCAAAAAUCAGCACCGUUCCAUUGUCAUUUGGGGAUAAGAUUUCCAACUAUUUUUCAUAAAACAAAUUUACAGCAUUCAUGUUUUGAAGGAAAGUUAAAAAGCUAGGAGACCCCUGUUAAUAAUCUAACUGCUGUAGGUUUUUGCAUGCAUUUUCAGUCAGUAAUUACUUUUUCUUCCAAAACUGUGCCUGUUAAAAGAAUUGGGUUUAACCCUGAAGGUAGAAGGUCUUUAUUAGUGAAUAAUCGAAUCAUGAUGACACUUUCAGUAUAUUGUAAUUAAAUAAUUCAGAAAUAUGUGUAAAUAUAAUAAAUGCUUAAUAUAACAAUGCAAUAAACGUAAAAGCAAAACUUGA